AACUGAACCGUCAGUCUAUCGCUCGCCUUCGACGCGACACAAUCGCCUCUUCGUCUGUGCUCAUUAACGCAUUGUGCCAUACAUCAUAGAGCUAAUGCUCUAUUAGAACUUUUGACAGUUUAUUUUAUUCAUUCACCAUGUCUACUUUGAGUCAUCAUCCUUAUGCGUUCUCCAUGCACCCGGGCAUGUUGCCGGAGUACCCGAGCGCGCCGCAGCCGCUGCCGGCGUCUUCGCCGCAAUCAGAGGGCCACAUCAAGAGGCCGAUGAACGCCUUCAUGGUCUGGUCGAGACUCCAGCGCCGCCAGAUAGCGAAGGACAAUCCGAAGAUGCAUAAUUCCGAGAUCUCCAAAAGGUUGGGAGCUGAAUGGAAGUUGUUAUCAGAAAUGCAGAAAAGACCGUUCAUUGAUGAGGCGAAACGCCUGCGAGCGUUGCACAUGAAGGAGCACCCUGACUACAAGUACAGGCCGCGCAGGAAGCCGAAGCCGCCGACGCCCGGCGGCGCCCCAGGAGCUGGCGCGUUCCCGAGUUUCCCGCUGCCUUACUUCGCCGGCCCGGCUCCAACCGUUGGACAUUUGGAUGCGCUAUCAUACCCCGCAGUGCCACCAUAUUUCCCGCAUCAGUUGGACCACCUACAGUUCUCGAAAUUGAUGGCGCCGUCGGAAAAGUUGCCGACGGUGUCGUCCUCCGCUGCCGCCGUCGUGUCAUCGUUCUACUCGUCACUGUACACUUCGCCGGCGGCACCACCCAAACCCUUUUCAUCGCCUCUGUUCCCACCAUACGGAGCAGCGCCCUCGUCGCCAGUGUCUCCAGUGACCCCCACACAACACAGCCCUCACGACGACCAGCUCAGGCGGCCGGUCUCCGUCAUAUAUUGAAGACCAACGUGCCUGCCUUAGAAGACCACAGUCCUCUGAGGUUCGGCAGACGGAUAUAAGUGUAAAUUUGUGACUUUAAAAUAUUACAGACAUUAUUUAUUGAUCUUAGAGUUAUAGAAGCUGUAAAGAACGAGUGUCUCAUAUCAGUGUAAAUAUUGAGAGGUUAGGCCUUAGUGGCGAGCGCUUGAGUUGACUGUGAUUUUGUUUUUGAUGCAUCUUUAAUUUUAAGGUAAAGUAGCGCCGGUUAGCUAAGUGAAGUGAGAUUGGUACCAAAAAGAGAUUAUUUUCUAACUGUAUAGAUUUCUCUACGAUUAGCUCAGUAGUUUAAAUAAUUGUACUUAAUUAAUGUGGUUUCAGAUUUGUUUUCUUAUCAUAAUCUUGUCUGUUGAGUUUGUUGUUUAGUACCGGGGUCCCUGUGGGUACCUAUCACUACUUUUGCAUUGCUAUGUAUUUUAUUUAUUGAUCCUGGUGUAGAAGUACUUAUCGGUACAUUAGUUGUCUAAAUUGUAAGUUGUUAGUGCAUCCCAGUGUACAUAUUAGCGAUUAAUUACAAAUCGAUGUCAGUACCAACGAUGUAUUAUAGUAAUGGAGAUUUGUUAAUGCCAUAAAAAUAAACUCUAAAUUGUUUUUAUUUUAA